AUUCCUUAGUGUCAAGAAGUGGCUGUUACGGAAAAAACAUCAAAUCGAAUUAGCGAGGAAACGCGGAUGGAAAGGUUACUGGGUUUGCCUGAAGGGGACAACCUUACUGUUUUAUCCCUGCGAUUCGCGAGAGGGACGAUCGGUCGAAGCUGCUCCAAAGCAUCUUAUUAUUGUUGAUGGUGCCAUUAUGCAACCCAUUCCCGAACAUCCCAAGAGAGAUUAUAUUUUUUGUCUUAGUACAGCCUUCGGCGAUGCAUAUCUUUUUCAAGCUCCGUGCCAGGUCGAACUCGAAAAUUGGGUGAAUAGUAUUCAUAGUGCAUGCGCUGCCGCUUUCGCAAGACAUCGAGGAAAGACCGGAACACUUCAUCUUUUACAGGAGGAAAUAUUCCGGCUUGAAAAAGCUAUAGAAACCGAUCACAAGCUAAAACAUAUGGCGGAAUUACAGCAGUCGGUUGUCGGAGAUUCGGAUGCAAGACAACAGCUUGGAAACCAAGUGGUGCAAUGGGAGGAAAACUUGGAGAGACUGCACUGCGAACAAUUUCGCUUACGUUGCUAUAUGGCCAGUUUGCAGAGUGGCGAACUUCCCAAUCCCAAGUCUUUACUUACUCACGUUUCGAGAGACAAGAAUACUCUUAAUAAACUUGGAGUUUUUACGGUUUCCUCGUUUCACGCAUUUAUUUGCGCUAGAAGCCCUUCCCUGCUUAAUAAUCUUCUUGCUGGUAGAGGAGCUACGAAAAGGAGACCGCCUAUGCUUUCCAGAUCUAACAGUGGCUCAAGCAGAAGAUCGCUUCAGAUGAACUCUCGAGAAGAAGCUGAGAAAACUAUCAAAGUUACGGUGCCCGAUUCGGUGACUGUGACUGUAUACGUUAGAGAAGGUAUGUCGGUGGAGGAGUUUCUAACUAGUGCCUGUACGAGAAAAAGUCUCAACCCAACCGAACACUUCGUAAGGGUGAAAAAACGAAGAGAAAUGGAGGAUCAUAAUUAUUUUGUGCCGCAUCGUAGUGAUCUGAUCGAAACUUACUUACACACACAUGAAAUCGUGGAAGUUUGCGCAAAGAUCCUUUACCAAGUGGAACUCUCUCGAAACACCUUGGAACAAAUGUGGGGAUUUAGCGUGGAAGCCGAGCUGGUAGAAAAUGCCGACCGCCAAGAUGAGUUGUGUUGCUACGUCAGUAGGGUGGAGGAUAAGAGCGUCGCAAUGCAAAAUGGUAUUAUAAAAGGUGACGAAAUUAUGGUGAUUAACGGGGCGAUUGUAUCCGAUCUGGACAUGAUGUACCUGGAGAGCGUGUUACAAGAGGAACUCGCGUUGUGUAUGAUGAUGAGGUCUUCCAGAACAGAACCGCCGGAGCUUGUUGGAAUUUUACGCACAACGGAUGAUACUAUCGAAAGUUUAGUUUGUCCACCACCGCCUUCGGAACCGCAAGUGAUCAGUGAAGAGAUGAUAUCAGGUUUGAUCGUCCCUGCGCCCGGUUGGAGCAAGGAACGCUAUGCCACCGAAACGGAAAACACGUUGACCACUUCUGGUACUUCCGCCGACAUGAAAUUUAGCUCUAGAACAAACUCGUUUGAAAUAGAAAACUUAUUGAAAUCUGCAGAACAAGUAACCGGCUUCUGUAGAUCGCCUGCCGAAACACGAAAAUCUAGUCCUACCGGCAGUAUUGUUAGUAAUACGUCACAACCGCCUUCAAGACAACUUAGCGACGUGGAAAAGUUACGAAAAGUAAUUUUGGAGUUAAUCGAUACAGAACGAACUUACGUUAAACAUUUGAACAAUUUAUUAGAAAAUUACUUAGAGCCGUUGAAGCGAGAAACCUUCCUAUCGAAUGCUGAAAUUAACGCUCUCUUUGGAAACAUACAAGAGAUCGUCACAUUUCAAAGGCAGUUCCUACAAAACUUAGAUGAGGCUUUGGAGAUGGAGCCCGACUUCAAUAAAUUCGAGUUUCCUUCGCAAUUUAAGAACAUUUUAUUUUCGAUCGGAAGUGCAUUCUUAUACUACGUCAACCACUUCAAACUAUAUAGUUCUUUUUGUGCGAGUCACAGUAAGGCCCAAAAGGUUCUGCAUCCAAAUGAAGGGAAUCAAGCGCUACAAGAAUUUCUUUCCGCACGCAAUCCUAGGCAGCAGCACUCCUCCACGCUCGAGUCGUACCUAAUAAAGCCCAUUCAACGAAUACUAAAAUACCCCCUGCUCCUCCAGCAGCUGCGUAACUUAACGGAUACAUCAACCGACGAACAUCAACACUUGGUCGAAGCUUUGAAGGGAAUGGAAAAGGUUGCCGAGCACAUUAACGAAAUGCAGAGGAUCCACGAAGAAUACGGCGCCAUUUUUGACCACCUAUUCAGGCAACACCAGAAAUCGUGCAAGCAGCCGAUCGACCUAUCUCCUGGCGACCUUCUGUAUUACGGUGGCGUCGAGUGGCUCAACAUAUCCGAUUUCUUAGGGAAAAUUAAGAAGGGCCUCGAAUUACAUGCGAUGUGCUUCGUUUUUAAAUCGGCCGUUGUGUUCUUAUGCAAAGAGAGACUAAGACAGAAAAAGAAGCUAAUGGGUGGUUCAAGUAAGAGUAACGCUUCUGAGGUGGAAAUUAUAAGGUAUCAAGUUUUGAUACCUGUUACGGAAGUUCAAGUGCGGGCGUCAUCCGCUAAGGAUAUGGAUUCACACUUUUUAUGGGAGCUUAUUCAUUUAAGAAGUCAAUUACAAAGACGACCAGAAAAAGUAUACGUACUUUCUAAUAGCACUGCAGAUUUUAGAAAUGCAUUUUUGAAAACAAUUAGACAAAUCAUUAGGGAAUCCGUUAGAAAUAUGUCAAUACCGGCUACCAAACCAGGAUCAGGACCGGGUAUUCUUCUAGUGUCAACGCACAAAGGCGAAAUGAUAAGUAGCCAAACAUUGGAACGACCAACAAAGCAGACAAUUAUUAUCCAAGGAUCGCAUACUUUGGGUAAAGUGAAAAAGUCGAAAUCUUCUCAGAGGCAUUCGGCGGGUAACAUAGAUUACGACAAUAUAAGUCAGGAGGCGGAUGAACCACCAAGCGGAUCGUUCCGAUCUCGUAGUAAAACUGUGGGGGACGUAGCAGAUCCGCCUAAACGGCCGGAAUCCGAGAAGUGCGAUCCUGGUAUUAAAUCUGAAGGAGAAGACGAUUCCCAAACGGGUAGCUCAAAAGGGAAGACGGGUCUAGGUCGAACACCAAACCAUUUAACGCUAAGCACAACGUCAACUUUAUCGGCCGGUAGUACCGGGAGCCAAGCACGACUAAUCCAAUCUUCACAUCAGCCUGAGAAUUAUCAACCAAUGCAAGUCGAAGAGCUAGGGUCGCCUGUGUGGAAACCAAGAGACAGUAGUUUAGAAGCAACCUGUACCACUCUCCCGCGCAAGGGCAAGGAACCCAGCACGUCCGCGCUCAGCGCUUCGCGUAAGUCUCUCGUAGAUACAAACAGCGGUCUGGAAAUCCACAGUUCAUACAAUAAGUCAUAAACGAGACACCAUAGCACAAUUUAAAACAUCUCUAGUGCCCUUCCUAAUCCUCCAGGAGCCAAGAUUUUUAUCUAGUCAAAACCUAUUCCUAGCAAUUUUGCCUAAGAAAUAAUUCGCGUUAUCAACAUACAAUAGAAAAUUCGUAGGUAUGAAGAAAAAUUAAUUUAUAAUUCGUUAAAGCAUAAGCGUUUUGGGGUACAAAUAGUUAUUAGGAACGACUCAGUAUUACAAAUGAUCCGCAAUUCUUAAACUCGCUUUAAUAUUGCUUUUUUUGCACAUUGAGAUGGUGCCAAAAUUGCCUUUUAUAAACAUUGGCCAAAUUUUUUUAAAGCAAAAUUGUAUGGGUACCUGCACUGCGUCUCGUCUUAUUUUUUUAAGGCAAACUUCUUUCAAAACCAAUCCAAUGCAAUCAUACAGUAGAAAGAAUGGGAAAAAAACUUUUAGAGAGAUCAUAUUAUUAUUAAAUAUAUAAAUUUAGCAAAUAGUUGAUCCGUACGUAGAUUUAAUUACAUAGAUAUAUGUAUUUUUAAAAGAAAUACAUAAUAGUUUUUGAUUUACUUACUAUAUUAUUAUUGAUAGUUUCGUAAUAAGUAUUUACAUGUUAAUAAUUAAUAAAAUAUGUUAUCAAUGUGUUCCUUUAAUCUAUUUCUAUCUCUGUUACAUUGUUCUAUUAAAAGUAUAAGAAUAGGUAAAUUACGCAAAUAUAAAAGAAAAUAAUUUAAUAUUUAUGACUGAGAAUGUUUAUAAAUAAUUUACGUGGAAGAUUCUAUGUUAAAUGAUAGAGAACGUUACCGUAGGAUAACAUAUUGUAUUAAUUUAUGUUGAGCUUUGGUCAUCCUGGCCAAAGAGGAAAAAGUUUUUUGAUCGCACAACUUAUGUUACCUACUACUUAUGUGGAGCAAAAUCUAUUGAAAAUAUCUUGGUGUCUAAAGGACUGUCGCGUGUGAAUGAAAAACACCAAGAUGGCUCAAAUAUAGACGUAUAAUUGCUGUCGUUACCUAAGUUUCGUACUCAUUUUGUGUUCCUUUAGCCAUAGUUUGGUAUUAUUUGCUUACAGGUUUCAAUGCAAAGUGAAAAAUAAAGGGAAUAUCGAACUUAGCCUAAGGUAGAGAUAUGGGUACUUAAAAAUGAAAAGAAACAUCACUAAACAUAACUGUAAUAAUAAAAAUCUGUUUUUUUUUGUAUAAGUUCAAAUUUCAAAAUAUCUAAUGUCGCAAGUUAGAUUUUGCCAGUAUUGAAAGAAGUGCCAAAAAUCCUACGAAACGAAUUAGGUAUUUAGAAUACUAAGUAAAUAUAUGAUAAAUAAUUUUAUGUUACGACACAUCAUUUAGUUUUUAAUCAAAUUGAUUAUCUACUUUAUCUGGUUAUUAGUAAGUAAGCACUUUCUUGUACUUUCUGUAUGUAUGUCAAGUCGACAUUAAUGUGCGUAUGUAUGAAUUUACGGAAAUGGAAAUUUAAAUAAAUACUUGAGAAACUUU